UUAACAUGUUUGAAUCUCAAGUCUUUUCUACAACACAUCUCUACCACAAUCCCUUUUACAUCACUCAACAACGUAAUAAAUAUCAUCAAACCUUGCUAGCUAGCUUCAUUCACUACUUGAAAUUCAAUCUCUUAUUCUUUCCAACAUGGAUCCUUCAACUCCAUAUCUCACGUCUAACUAUUCAAUAUUAGAUAAUCCCAUGAAUGCAAAUUUCUCAACGAAUCAACCUCAUCAAGAUUAUUAUGUUCCAUUAGGGCAAAGUCUCAAUCCUUCUAUAAUUCCAAAUGCUCCUUCUCCGGUUCAUGCUCAAAGAGAAGAUGAUCAAAAGAAGAUGGAAGCAAAGAGGUGCAAAUUUGCACGAGAACAAAGGAGACUAAUAUUACGGCUUAGAAGUACUCGUGCUUCUAAGGCCCCUGAAGAUACAAUAAUUAGACCCGCAAAUUAUAGAGACAUCCAAAAAAGAACUCCACAUGUUUUCUUCACUUCAGAUGGAAAGCAAUUUGAAGAAAUUUUAACGAAGAAGUUAACAAAUAGCGAUGUUAACCAGCUAGGUCGCAUUGUCCUUCCAAAGAGGGAGGCCGAGGAAAAGCUUCCGACGCCAAGCAAAGAAGGGAUCAAUAUUGUUUUUAAGGAUAUACAUUCUGGGCUUGAAUGGAACGUGAAAUUCAAGUACUGGAUCAAUGUUACAUCUAGAAUGUAUGUUCUUGAAAAUACAGUGAAUAUAGUGAAGCAUUAUGGAUUAUGUAUGGGAGAUUAUUUAAGCCUUUACGAGGACAAAUCUAAAAACAUGUAUUUGUACACAAAAAAGGCUUCUGCUGUACCAAUACUUGAGCUAUUUCGUCGUGAAGCCUGUUUGGUUAACCAUGGCCAACCAUCACCCCAAAAUAAUGAUAUAGAAUUGCUUGCACCAUUUGAAGGAAUUACAACUUCGUCUCUCUUGGAUCAGAACAUUGCUAUGGAUAAUGAUGGUAGUGGUGAUGGAGGUCAACAAAAUGAGUUGGAUGCACUUUAUGAAAAUCUUGAAAAUAUUUUUGAUGUUUAUUGGAAUCAAUGCCAUAAGGAUGGUCACAAUAAGGCCACAUGCAAGCUGCCUACAACUUCAACUCAGCCUACCCCAAUUGUUUCUGCUACUAAGCCUACCCUAACUGCUGCUGCUACUAAGCCUAGCCCAACUGCUUCUACUCAACCUACUCUAGCUGCUGCUACUACUCAGCCUACUCCAACUGCUUCUUUGAGUAAGCCAUCACUAUAUGCUGCAUCAAGUCAGCCAUCACUGCAUGUUGCUUCAAGUCAGUCAACCCUAACUGGAAGUUCAACUCAACAACCAACCAAAAAGAAAAGUAGACUUCAAAAAGGCCUAAAACUUGUUCUUAGCCAACCCUAA